AUGCACCAGCAAGAGCACAUCAGUGAGGAGGCAGCGAAGAUGGCAAAGAUCCAGGGAGGACAGGGACCGGACCUGGAGAUGGGCACACCAGUGCAAGAGCUGCUCGAGGAAGACAAGGAAGCACAAAAGAAUGCACCCCAAGUGCUCAAGGACAGCAUCAAGGCCGGCGCACAACACCCCAAGCCCUCGCAGACUCGCUCAUUCUCGACAUGUGCUCGCAGCCGCCAGGAGGAAUUGAGCACCUCCAACGAGAGCCCCUUCGACGAGGCCAUUGUCGCAAACACAAACUUCGGUGCGUCUGAACUCGCUGUGCCUGCCACUCCCGUCACCACCACCCCCACUGGCCACAAGUUCGGCCUGCCCACUCUGCCCUUGCCCAGCAAUGCACACAAGGACUACCGCUACGACCCCGUCGUGCGCCAGUUCACAAACCUGAUGAUGCAGCAUGGCAAGCUCAGUGUCGCUCAGCGCAACAUGUCCACCAUCCUGACACAUCUGCGCACGCAGUCUCCUCCAAACUACAAUCCUAGUAGGCCUCUGCUGCCCGGUGCUCCCCCACCAUCCCACCUUCCUUUGAACCCUGUCCUUUACCUCACACUCGCUGUCGACAGCAUCGCCCCGCUCUUGCGCAUCCGCUCGCAACGUGGUGCCGCUGGUGGUGGUGUCGCUUUGCAAAUCCCUGUACCAUUGGGUCUCCGCCAACGCCGUCGCACUGCCUUCGAGUGGAUCCUGGAUGCUGCUUCCAAGCGCAAGUCGCGUGGCAGUGGACGUGACAUGUUCGCUCUGCGCGUUGCCGAAGAGAUUGUCGCCAUCAUUGAGGGCCGCAGCUCUGCUUGGGAGAAGCGUACCGGUAUCCACAAGAUUGCCACUACUGCCAGAAGUAACUUGACCUUUGGCAAGACUGGUUUGAGAAGGUAGACGAUCGGUCUACAACCCGGACCUUACAAAUGCGAAAUGAAAUUCGUCCUUCCUUUUUCUCACUGAAUCACAUACCACUGUACUUUACUUUUGGACCAUACGGACCUGUACAAUAUCCUCAUUUUUUUCCUUGUACAUCUCUGAAGCAUAGAAUCCAUCUGCUGCCAAUAUGCAUAUGAAUUCGAGUAGUUCUCAUUCGAUUCACUUGUAGCACGCUUUACCGUAGUUGGUCCGCACUCUGCAAGCAAAGUUUCCGACGCUUCGCAAAGCAUCUUCGCAUCUUGCUCGUCGCGUUCCUCGUUCCCACUCCACACCCCAGUGAACCGUUCACGACAUGCAAACGCGGAUCGGC